AUAUAUGAUACUAGAGUAUGGUAUAGCUAGCUAGCUAGCUGUUGUAAUUUGGCAUUUUCUGGUUCUUUUCGGUGCUUGUUUGUUGGUUGCCUUUGAUGCUUACAACAUAUAGAAAAAAACUAGCUUUCCUACUUUGAGCAAAAGGAACAGACACACACACAACUAAAGAGAGAACAAGUUGUGGCCAUAUCAAAUUACUACUACACAAGAUUGGGAAUUGGCCUCAUUUUAGAUAUCAAAAGGUAAGGGUACCCUUUUGACUCUGUUUCUCUCUGCUCUUUUUGUAUCAUCCAAUUACUAGUUUUUCACUGUUUAACUACAACACUCUGAAAGCGAGUUCUUAGUUAUUUUUCAUAUUUCACAUUUUUUGCUCUUUAUAUAUAAUAAUUUCAUAUUUCAGCUAGCUAUAUCUAUGUAUGUAUCUUUGAAUUGAAUUUUUCAAACUUUAAAAGGCGAAUAAAAAGCAAAAGAAAAAACCAACACGUUUUUCUGAAGAAAUGUUUCAUUUUCUUUUUAUUCUGCAGGCGUCACUUCGGAGGUGGUGGUGAUUUAUUACUGAUUUUUCAUUUUUCUCUAAAACCUCUCAUGCAACAAACAAACGCAAAAUAAUCGCGUUUCAAGAAAAGCAGCGUUUGGAAAAUCGAAAAAAGAAAAAAAAAAAUGGAUUCUAGUGAUCAAUUCGAAAUGCAAGAACCGAGUAUUGAAACCGAUAAGCUCAGCUACGAAAUCUUCUCUAUUCUUGAAAGCAAGUUUCUCUUUGGCUACGAUGAACAAAAACUCUGGUUUCCUAAGCAAAUACCUAACACAACUACAAUUGAUUCUCAACAACCGCAAACUGUUUCCGCCGCUGUUGACGGUGUCUCAGCCGUUAAGAAUCAGCGUGGGAAAAUAUGUAUACUCGCAAUCGACGGCGGAGGUAUGCGAGGUAUUCUCGCCGGAAAAGCUCUUGCUUAUCUCGAAAACGCGUUGAAGAAAAAAUCCGGUGAUCAGAACGCUAGAAUAGCGGAUUAUUUCGACGUCGCAACCGGCGCCGGUGUCGGAGGUAUUUUCACGGCGAUGCUAUUCGCGACGAAAGAUCAACGCCGGCCGAUUUAUUCUGCGGAUGACACGUGGCGGUUUUUAGCAGAACAGGGGAAGAAAUUCUACCGGCAGGGGACCGGUAACGGAAGCUCCGGCGGCCGUGGAUUUCUCAAGAGACUAUUCGGAAGCGGAGGUUCGAGUUCAGUUGAAACUGCGACGGCUGGUAUGGAGAAAACGGUUAAGGAAGCUUUUACGGCGGAGAACGGUCGUUGUUUAACGCUGAAAGAUACACUGAAACCGGUUCUUAUACCGUGUUAUGAUUUAUCCAGUACGGCGCCGUUUUUGUUCUCACGUGCGGAUGCGUUAGAAACGGAUAGCUUUGAUUUUCGUUUAUGGGAGGUGUGUAGAGCAACUUCAGCUGAACCGGGUUUAUUUGAACCGGUUCAAAUGCGGUCUAUUGAUGGACAAACUAAGUGUGUGGCAGUUGAUGGUGGUUUAGCGAUGAGUAACCCGACCGGUGCGGCCAUCACGCACGUGCUUCAUAACAAACAGGAGUUUCCGUUCGUUCGAGGUGUCGAGGAUUUACUUGUUCUUUCUCUUGGAACUGGUCAACUUUUGGAGGUCAACUAUGAGUAUGAUCAGGUUACUCGUUGGAAGGCUAAGGAUUGGGCCCGGCCUAUGGCGCGAAUUUCUAGCGAUGCCUCGGCUGACCUUGUUGAUCAGGCCGUUGCCAUGGCGUUUGGGCAUUGUCGGAGCACCAAUUAUGUUCGUGUUCAGGCAAAUGGGUCAAGUAUGGGGCAAUGUGGAGCCAAUGUGGAUACAGAUGCAAGUCCGAGCAAUGUAAAGAUGCUAAUGGGAGUAGCAGAGGAGAUGUUGAAGCAGGAGAAUGUGGAAUCAGUACUCUUCGGAGGGAAGAAGAUCGGGGAGCAGAGUAACUUUCAGAAACUUGAUUGGCUUGCUGGAGAACUUGUUCAAGAGCAUCAGAGGAGGAGCUGCAGAAUAGCUCCCACUGUUGCUUUCAAACAAGCUACCCCAAAAGCCACUUAAGAUCCCAUAGUCAACCCUCUAAAGUAUCAACCUAAAGAAAAUGUUGGAAAAGGAGUUGAAAUUGGUCAGAAGGAUUUGGACCUCUGUUUAUUUAGCAAGGGAAUGAUGAUAUGGGGUCAACCACAUGGCAAGACAGGACAGAAUAAUUUUAAGAAGAAAAUAACAAAAAAAUUAUGUCACUAGCCACAUCACAUGUCCAUAAAAAUAAGACAGAAAAAUAUUACCAGAUCAUUCCAAACAUAUUAUAUUUACCAACCACAAUUUGAUUAUUCCAAAUCAAAUCUUAUCUUAUGCAGCACUAACUUGUGGUGCUUUCGAUUUCGGUCUGAUCGAAAGUGUAUCUGGUUUCAAACAUCGACUGCUCAAUUAUUUCUAUUUUUUCAAGCUAUUAUCGGUGUUGUGUUCAUGUAUGUGUCAACACUUGUUAGAUCUUGUAUUUUAAUAUCUUAAUUUGAUUCUUAAACUUGAAGUUUACAUUAUUGCAUCUUAGGAAUGGCUAAAUCCUUGUUAUUUCUCAUUGAAUUUACAUGCAAUAAAAUGUUGCAGGGAAAAGACUGAUAUUAUAGGAGGCAAAGAAAAAGAAAAAAAAAAUGGAGAAAGGAAAAGGAAAAGUAAAAGAAGAGUGCAAAUAGCAGUAGUAGUAUAGCAGCUUUACUUUUGAAGAUAGACAAGGGUUAGGGGUGAAAAGGACAAAUGGUGUAAUUAAAAAGGAAGAGAAGAUCUGUGUGGGAUACUUUGCUCACCAGAGGGCAGACAUUAUGGUGUCCACUCCACCUUUCUAGCUAUUAGGGUAAAAGAGACCAACAAAGAAAAGCAAAGUGUCUCAGUUGAAGCUUUUUAGGGUCAAACAUGAAAUCAAGUGCUAUAUUUUUUUAUUUGAAAAAAAAAGAAGAAAAAAGAAUGAGAAUUCAGAGGGUGGCAAAUUGGAUUAGAUUCUUCUGUCCUAUUUUUUUUUUUUUUUUGAAAAAUAAUUUGUAAAUGUUUUUUUCUAUUGCAAAGGUUUUUCCCUGUUCCAAA